AUGGCAGCUCCAGCAUCUGCCUACAAAGAUAGGCAAUUCCUUGCCGUUAUUGGGGAUGAGGACUCCGUAACUGGACUGUUGUUGGCAGGCAUUGGUCAUGUCACCUCACCACCAGACUCGCAGAAGAACUUCCUCGUUGUCGAUAACAAGACGGAUAAUGCUGCAAUUGAGGAAGCCUUUGAGAGAUUCACAACUGAGAGAAAGGAUAUUGGUAUUUUGUUGAUCAACCAACAUAUUGCGGAACGUAUACGCCACCGAGUCGAUACAUACACAGCCGCAUUCCCUGCAUUGUUGGAGAUACCUAGUAAAGAUCACCCAUACGAUCCGGAGAAGGAUAGUGUUCUAAGAAGAGUUCGAAGACUCUUUGGAGAGUGA